AUGAGUCGGUGGUUUAAAUCUGCCGUAAAGGCAACUCCUGCCAUGGUUGCGGAGAGCGAAGAACAACAUUUGAGGGACGUCGAGGCCGCAAUGUUAAAGUUGUUGAAUGAUGAUAUCGAGGAAGCCGACAAAUUGUUGAAGAAACACGAUUCUUCCUACCAUCAUUUGGGAAGAGGAAUUUCUGGAUUCUUGUCGGCAAUGAUGGGAGUCGAGAAGGAUUUGUUAAAAGAGGCUGCGGUUAUCUUACAAGAUGCUGAGAAUAAAAGUUGGGAUGAUAUGAAGAAGGCUCAGAAGGACUCGACGGCUUUUCAAUCAAAUAUAUAUCCGCAGGGUACGGAGUAUCUGUUGUGUUAUUCUGUGGCUCAAUUGACCAGCGCAAUUACUGCAGUUCUCAGUGGAAGUAUUACAGAAGCUGUUAAGGGUUUCUAUAAACUGAGAAAGGCAUAUCUUACACUGGAUGGAAUAUUGGAGGUUGAGAAUAAAUAUCUGGAAAAGAUAGCCCAUUCGAGUACGACUUCACUUUCCUCUAGGACCCCGAGUCACAAAAGUUCAAUGGCAGCACUUACUGUUGAUGAAAUUGCGCAUCGGACAGCAGAUCUAUCUGUAGGAGAUCUUGAUGAAAAGAUGCUGGAUCCCAAUAAUCCAUAUCCGAAUAUCUCGAGACCCCCUUCACCCCCUUCGGUUACGAACCCCUAUGAUAUCGAUCCAGAACUUGCGGCAAGAGUAUUUACCAAUCGAACGGAUAUCUUUAUACAUUCUGGGGUUCGAUUAUGUUGCGGUCUUCUACUUCUUGUUUUCUCUAUGAUUGAGAAUCCAAUCUUUAACAAGAUAUUAUACAUUGUUGGAUUUAAAGGAGACCGAGAACGUGGAACAAGACUACUGUGGCAAGCAACAAGAUAUCAAAAUUUCAAUAGUGCUAUUGCUGCUCUUGCUCUACUGGGAUAUUACAAUGGAUUAGUUGGAUUCUGCGAUAUUCUACCCACUGACGACGCAGCUGAUGAUAAUCCUACCGGGUAUCCAAAAAAUAAAUGUCAGGCGCUCCUAGUUGACAUGCAAUCUCGAUAUCCCCAUUCUAAGUUGUGGAAAUUGGAGGAAGCUCGUAUGUUAUCCUAUAAGCAAGAUUUGAAAGGUGCCCUUGUAAUUCUGGAAGAGAAUUCCAAGAGUAAGAUGAAACAAAUUACUAUGAUCAAUACGUUUGAGAUGGCUCUUACUACAUUGUUCAUUCAUGAAUACGAAAAAUCGGCUACGGCAUGGAUUAAUUGCAGCGAGCAGAGUGCUUGGAGUCCAACCUUGUACUUUUACAUUGCUGGUAUUUCAUAUGUGGAGCUUUAUCGUAAUACACGACUCAGCGAUCCCGCAGCAGCUGAGGUUCACAAGAAGAAGGCUAUAGAAUUCAUUCUGAAAGCACCACCUCUAGCUGGUAAACAAAAAGUCAUGGCUAAACAACUCCCAUUUGAUAUCUACAUAGUUAGCAAAGUGGGAAAGUGGGAACAAAGAGCCAAGGCAUGGGGAGUUGAUCUCGUGGAUGCAAUUGGACCUAGUCCAUUUGUUGAAAUGAUAUAUUUCUGGAAUGGAGUAAAAAAGAGUGGAACAGUGGAAUUAGAGAAAUGUUUGGAUCUUCUCAAGAAGGAAAGAAUGACGUGUCCAGAAAAAUGUAAUGAGGAUGAAGAAGAUGUGGCUAUUCAUCUUUUACUUCGUGGUUCAUGUUGUUCUUGGCGGGAAAAAGAUCUUCCUCCAGGGGGAGAUUCAACUUCAGGGGAAAAGAUGUCAGAGAAAAAAUUAUUGGAGUAUCGAAGAGAAAAAUUAAUGGAUUGUGAGGAGAAAUUAUUAAAGUUGCAUAGUUGGCCUCAAACUUAUGUUUUUGAGACGAGGAUGAGCUUUAAGAUUAGUACUAGUUUACUUACUGUUAAGAGGCAUAAGGGGUUGAUGGGUUUCUAG